GAGCGGGGCGGGCUUAGCGGUCUUUCUAGUCCGCAGUGGUGUUACGCUUGCACUCGCGGAUUCCCGCAGCGCUGCGGAGCAGCUAUGGGCCCGCCGGGGCCCGCGCGCCGCGCCGCGCGAGCACCGGCUUAGAGCCAGGCCUAGGGCCUGGCCCUUCCAGCCCGCGAGGGGAUCCGGGAAAUGUCGGGUACCCAGCCUGCAGUCCUGAGAGAGCUGAUGGACCCUUCGCUGCCAUCGGAUUUAUUUACAUAUUCCCCUCACUGCCCGGUCUCACCUCUCCGCGCUCGGUGACUUGGUUACUGUGAGGAUCAUUUGAACUCAUCAUACUCUGGGUGAAUGGGACGAAGAAUCCAGAAGUGAAGCUACAUGAUGGCUGACCAGGACCCUGGGGGCAUUAGCCCCCUCCAACAAAUGGUGGCCUCAGGCGCUGGGGCUGUGGUCACCUCCCUCUUCAUGACUCCCCUGGACGUGGUAAAGGUCCGCUUGCAGUCUCAGCGCCCUUCAGUGACCCACGAGCUGAUGCCUCCCUCCAGACUCUGGAGCCUCUCCUACGCCAAAUUGCCCUCCUCUCUCCAACCCACAGGGAAGUGCCUCCUGUACUGCAAUGGUGUCCUGGAGCCCAUGUACCUGUGCCCUAAUGGUGCUCGCUGUGCCACCUGGUUUCAGGACCCCACUCGCUUCACUGGCACCAUGGAUGCUUUUGUGAAGAUUGUGAGACACGAGGGCACCAGAACCCUGUGGAGUGGCCUCCCAGCCACCUUGGUGAUGACUGUACCAGCCACUGCCAUCUACUUCACCACCUAUGAUCAACUCAAGGCCUUUCUGUGUGGUCAGUCCUUGACGUCUGACCUUUACGUACCCAUGGUGGCUGGCGCACUGGCCCGCUUGGGCACCGUGACUGUGAUCAGCCCCCUGGAGCUAGUACGGACAAAGCUGCAGGCUCAGCAUGUGUCCUACCGGGAACUGGGUGCCCGUGUCCGAGCUGCCAUGGUUCAGGGCGGCUGGCGCUCACUGUGGCUGGGCUGGGGCCCCACUGCCCUUCGGGAUGUGCCCUUUUCAGCCCUGUACUGGUUCAACUAUGAGCUGGUGAAGAGCUGGCUGAGUGGGCUCAGGCCAAAGGACCAGACAUCAGUGGGCAUCAGCUUUGUGGCUGGCGGCAUCUCAGGGACGGUGGCGGCUAUCCUGACUCUACCCUUCGACGUGGUGAAGACUCAACGCCAAGUUGCCCUGGGAGCAGUGGAGGCUGUGAGAGUGUCGCCCCCGCACGCCAACUCUACCUGGCUCCUGCUGCGGAGGAUCCGGGCUGAGUCUGGCACCAGGGGACUCUUUGCAGGCUUCCUCCCAAGGAUCAUCAAGGCCGCCCCCUCCUGUGCCAUCAUGAUCAGCACUUAUGAGUUUGGCAAAAGCUUCUUCCAGAGGCUCAACCAGGAACAGUCUCUGGGCCUGUGAAAGGAUCAAGGAGAUGAGAGCACAAUUUCUUCCAUGAAUGGGGUGGGGCAGGAGGAGAUUGAGCCAAGUGCCUUGUCCUCAGGGGAGGAGCCUCAUUUUUCUUCCCUCUCAACUCUGAGCCCCAUGGGUAGGGGGCCACCCCUCUAGGCCCACCCAGGCCCCCCUCAGACAGAUUUCUUCCCAAUUGUCCCCAUUUCCAAACCCCAAGGAUCAUCACUUUUCUACCCCAUUCCCCAAGUUCAAGACCAAAUCUAUUAAUUCUCCCUGCCCUUGCCUAUGUCCCUGUGUAUUUGUUGUAGCUGGGCCUGCCCCAGGAGCCACAAAACCCUGGACCUGGCAUAGUCUGAACCCACCUCUGUUAAUUCCUGAGUCUAAAGAUGAUGAACUUCUCUCCA